GGGGCGGGGCUUCCGGCGGUGCGCUAGGUCAUCCGGUGUCUUGGCCCGGUCGUCCUUCCCUCGGCACGUGUCCUCCCCGCGAUGCUUCCCCUGCUGCGCUGCGUGCCCCGCGCCCUGGGCGCCGCUGCUACGGGCCUCCGCGCCGCCGUCCCCGCCUCGCCGCUCCGGCAGCUGCUGCAGCCCGCGUCCCGGCCGUGCCUCCGGCCCUUCGGGCUGCUCAGCGUACGAGCGGGCUCCGCGCGGCGCUCCGGCCUCCUGCGGCCCCCGGCGCCCUGCUCGUGCGGAUGUGGAGCUCUGCACACCGAGGGAGACAAAGCAUUUGUAGAAUUCCUGACGGAUGAAAUUAAGGAAGAGAAGAAAAUCCAGAAGCAUAAGUCCCUUCCCAAGAUGUCUGGAGAUUGGGAGCUGGAAGUGAACGGGACGGAGGCUAAAUUAUUGCGCAAAGUUGCUGGAGAAAAGAUCACUGUCACUUUCAACAUUAACAACAGCAUCCCUCCAACAUUUGAUGGUGAAGAGGAGCCCUCACAAGGGCAGAAGGCUGAAGAACAGGAGCCAGAACUGACAUCAACUCCCAAUUUUGUGGUUGAAGUCACAAAGAGUGAUGGCAAGAAGACCCUUGUACUGGACUGUCACUAUCCUGAGGAUGAGAUUGGACAAGAAGAUGAGGCCGAGAGUGAUAUUUUCUCUAUCAAGGAGGUUAGCUUUCAAGCCACUGGUGACUCUGAAUGGAGGGAUACUAACUACACUCUCAACACGGACUCCCUGGACUGGGCCUUAUAUGACCACCUGAUGGAUUUCCUUGCCGACCGCGGGGUGGACAACACUUUUGCAGAUGAGUUGGUGGAGCUCAGCACAGCCCUAGAGCACCAAGAAUAUAUUACCUUUCUCGAAGACCUCAAAAGUUUUGUCAAGAGCCAGUAGAACUGUCAGAGACUGAGGGCUUUCAUUUAAAUGGCAAGUGUUGGCCAGUGAACAGAAGCUGCCUUGACCUCAGAAUCAUGCUUUGAAGUGGCUGUCAUCCUAAUGUCAUGGGAGGAAGAAAGCAGGUUUACAUUAUUGCUGUUACGCUUCCAGUUGCUAUUCAUUUGGGUAUUUUCUCCUGUAUAAAUCUAUUGUUAGCAGAUUUUUGUAUAACAUAAUGAUGGACAAUAAAAUUGAUUUUAUCUCCUCCAA